AGAAUUCAGCUCCUUGCGAGAAAGUUACCUGUGGCCGCCCAAGUCCGCCACUUUCUGCUCUGUGUCUGCCCAUUGCCACGAUCCAGGAGGACUCCGCGCCGCCCCGCUGCCUCCGAGCUCGGGCCCCAUGUGAGGGGCCCCCCCUUAUCCCACCUUUCCGGCUAGGUGAGGGCGCGAGCGGGCGAGCGAGCGAGAGUGGUGAGGGGGGACGGAAAAGCAGAAUUACCUGUAGCUCUUGUUCUGCCAUCUCGGGCGCUCUCACACACCUUCACCUGCACAGACUUGAAAGUCCAGUUUCACCAGAGGCUGAGGCUCCAGGAAAAGGGGAGCGAGUUCAUUGGAUCAAACAUGUCACAAGAGUCGGACAAUAAUAAAAGAUUAGUGGCCUUAGUGCCCAUGCCCAGUGACCCUCCGUUCAAUACCCGAAGAGCCUACACCAGUGAGGAUGAAGCCUGGAAGUCAUACUUGGAGAAUCCCCUGACAGCAGCCACCAAGGCGAUGAUGAGCAUUAAUGGUGAUGAGGACAGUGCUGCUGCCCUUGGCCUGCUCUAUGACUACUACAAGGUUCCUCGAGAGAAGAGGCUGCUGCCUAUAAGCAAAGCCAGUGACAGCCAAGAAGACCAGGAGAAAAGAAGCUGUCUUGGCCCCAGUGAAGCUCAGAAUAAUUUGAGUGGAGGAGAAAACCGAGUGCAGGUCUUAAAGACUGUUCCAGUGAACCUUUCCCUAAAUCAAGACCACCUGGAGAAUUCCAAGCGGGAAUCCUACAGCGCCAGCGUCCCCGAGAGCCCCGCCGUCAUCCCGGUGUCCGGAAUCACCGUGGUGAAAGCGGAGGAUUUCACACCGGUUUUCAUGGGCCCCUCCGUGCACUACCCGCGGGGCGAUGGGGAGGAGCAGCGUGUGGUGAUAUUUGAGCAGACUCAGUAUGACGUGCCCUCCAUGGCCACCCACAGCACCUAUCUCAAGGAUGACCAGCGCAGCACCCCGGACAGCACCUACAGCGAGAGCUUCAAAGACGGACCGGCAGAGAAAUUUCGGAGUGCUUCAGUUGGAGCUGAGGAGUACAUGUACGACCAGACAGCAAGUGGCACGUUUCAGUACACCCUGGAAGCUACCAAGUCUCUCCGUCAGAAGCAGGGGGAGGGCCCCAUGACCUACCUCAACAAAGGACAGUUCUAUGCCAUAACACUCAGCGAGACUGGAGACAACAAGUGCUUCCGACACCCAAUCAGCAAAGUCAGGAGCGUGGUGAUGGUGGUCUUCAGUGAAGACAAAAACCGGGAUGAGCAGCUGAAGUACUGGAAGUACUGGCACUCUCGGCAGCACACGGCCAAGCAGAGGGUCCUGGACAUUGCUGAUUACAAGGAGAGCUUUAAUACUAUUGGGAACAUUGAAGAGAUUGCAUAUAAUGCUGUUUCCUUUACCUGGGACGUGAAUGAAGAGGCAAAGAUUUUCAUCACCGUGAAUUGCCUGAGUACAGAUUUCUCCUCCCAAAAAGGAGUGAAAGGACUUCCUUUGAUGGUUCAGAUUGAUACAUACAGUUAUAAUAAUCGUAGCAAUAAACCCAUCCAUAGAGCUUAUUGCCAGAUCAAGGUCUUCUGCGACAAAGGAGCAGAAAGAAAAAUCCGAGAUGAAGAGAGGAAGCAGAACAGGAAGAAAGGGAAGGGCCAGGCCUCUCAAACCCAAUGCAACAACUCCUCUGAUGGGAAGCUGGCCACCAUACCUUUACAGAAGAAGAGUGACAUCACCUACUUCAAAACCAUGCCAGAUCUGCACUCCCAGCCAGUUCUCUUCAUACCUGAUGUUCACUUUGCAAACCUGCAGAGGACUGGGCAGGUGUAUUACAACACGGAUGAUGAACGAGAAGGCAGUGUCCUCGUUAAACGGAUGUUCAGGCCCAUGGAAGAGGAAUUUGGUCCAGCACCUUCGAAGCAGAUGAAAGAAGAAGGGAUGAAGCGAGUGCUCCUGUACGUGAGGAAGGAGACCGACGACGUGUUCGACGCCCUCAUGCUGAAGUCUCCCACGGUGAAGGGGCUCAUGGAAGCGAUAUCUGAGAAAUACGGGCUGCCUGUGGAGAAGAUAGCAAAGCUUUACAAGAAAAGCAAAAAAGGUAUCUUGGUGAACAUGGAUGACAACAUCAUCGAGCACUACUCGAAUGAGGACACCUUCAUCCUCAACAUGGAGAGCAUGGUCGAAGGCUUCAAGAUCACGCUCAUGGAAAUCUGAGCUCUGGGCUGCUGUCCCCUUGGCAGGAGUCCUCAGUGCAUUCCUCCCUGGGAGAGACAGGCCUGGGCCCCGGACCCUGGAGACGCAUCUCACCCAUCUCACAACUGCUGUUACAAGACUGCGCUGGGAGCAGGGAGAGGCAUGCGACCCUGGUGAUCGUCAACACGUUUGGCCCAUCGCCAGUGCCUACCAUGGACCCUGCAUCCCUCAGAAAGGGGCCCUGGGCUUGUUAGGCCCUUAUUUAUUGCCCAUUUUUCUCUGGAGCUGAGGGACCAGGCCCCUGAGGACUCUGCAGGUCACUGCUGGCUCCAGAUGAGUCCGUCCAGAACUCCCCCUUCAAAGGAAACAGUCAAUCCACUCAUCCUGGAGAGUCGAACAUUCUCAUCCCUUCUUCCUCACCUUUCCACAUCUCCAAGGAGGCCGGCAAAUGAGCUACUUCUUGGUGUAGUAGACACCAGUGGGGUGAGAGGCGGCACCCCUCAGUGGUCAGAAACCUGCAGGUUGCAUGGAGAAGGUCAUCUGCCUAAGUACCUCCAGGGGUUCCCAGCGAGUAGCCACCAGGCAUUUGUACAGGAAAAUAUUCAGCCACCGUGUAAUUAGUAAGGGACACAGGAAGUAUGCCCAGAUGUCGUGUACAUAGUGUUUAUAAUAUUGCAAUAAUAUAUUUUACCUGUGGUACGUGGCCAUGUUUACUGCCGCUGGCCCUGGGGAGGCAAUACCUGGAGACUGCUUUCUACGAGAGGUCUCUGCCUCUGUGCCUGUUCAGGAGACUGGGCCAGGCAAGUGGCUUUUGGAGUGUCAGGUGGCUCCAGUGAUUACACCUGAGGACACAUUCCUGUCCCCUCUCCCUCACCAGGGGCACCACUCCCACUCAAGGCCACCACAUUAAUCUCAUGAGGAUUCGUUUUGCUUGGCUCCUCUUUGGAGCUGCCUGGGGGAAAGGUCCAGCUUGGCUUCCAGCUUUGGCCCCUGCACUGCCUGAGUGCUCCAGAGAGACACUGCAGGGGGGUUUCCACCAGGGCCCCAGGGCUGGGCCUGCUGCAGGACACUGCGGCUGUCACAAGAACCUGGAUCCUGUGCAGUAGUGCCUCACGGGUUGCCAGCAUGUCCCUCCUUCCCAGUGGCCCCUUUAAAAGCCCAACCGCGGUUCUGAGAGCUGAACCCACAGCCCAGCUCUGAAGUCACGGCCAGGGCUUCCUCUGCGCCUCAACCCGAAAGGAAGGGAUUCGCUGCCUCUGCGCCUGGGUGCUGGUUUUGAGAAAGUGAGAAUGUCCCAUGAGCGUGGCAAUUCUGAUGUCAGCCUCAGAGCCACCUGGGAGAGCGAAGGUCCCUCCUGCUACCCUCAGCAGUACACAACGCCGAAGCCUUGUGAGCCACCGUUCCCUAUGAGGGGACAGGCGGGUGGUUUGGGGGUUGUGCUCCCCCUUGUGGGCUGAAGCACUAGCUUUUUGGUCACCAAACACAACCCUCCCCGAGGCCUCGGAUCUAAGACAAGUCCUAUGUAAAGGUCCAGAUUUGUCUGUAAAGCACUUUGAUGUCUUCCCUGGAGGCUCCUGCUCUCUCUGGGCUUCCUGUCAUCCCACCGCAUCUGUCCCUGAUACCCGGAGCAGGAUGGAAGGGCUUCCAGAUCCAGAAACAGCCCGGCCGUUUGUCCUGAAGGGUACAGAGGGACUGAGUGGAGCGUGGCUAAGGGGGCACCUCGCUGCGUGUCCUCUGGGCGUGCUCCUGUGGUGCCAAAGUGUGCAUCCUCCACCCGACUGUACUCCAGGUUGUCCCCUCUGCCUCACUGUGACUGCCAUGCUCUGGACUAGCAGCUCGGGGACUGUUCUGGGCACUGCCGUGACCGCUCUGACACAGACACAACCAGUGCAGGAAACACGACACCCUGUGCACGUCCCACCUCCUUGGGUCAGGAAUGAAUAACUUCAAACUCCAUUGGCAGGUGGAAGAGAAUUACAAGGAGGUCAGGGCCUAGGACUCCAGAGUAGGAAAAAGACAAAAUUUUUGGCAGCCAGAUUUUUGGCAGCCAGACACGGGCUACCAAUCUUUCUCUCUCCAGCCUCUUGGAAAACCGCUGAUCCUGCCCAAAGGGAGAAGACAAAUCGGAAAUGCCUGUGUGUGUCCUAAGCCGCUGAGCAAUCCCUACGGUGACAAUGGUCCGAACAAAGGCUGUGAGGCCAGCACCGCUGCAGGGUGGCGCGGCGUCCCGGCUCACCGGUCUGUCCCUCUUGCCUUCUCAGCGUGCCCAUGGCGUAGCUCUGAUGGUGUCACUGCGUGGUAGCAGCGCGGGAGUGAGCGAGAUUCCCUGAACAAACACUCCAGAAAGACAGAACUCGUCUUCUUUUUUGUCCCUUAAAUGAAUCACAUGCAAAUAAGCUUUUAACAUUAUUUUCCAAUCCAUGGAAGAUGAGGGACACGCGAAGCAAGUAUUUUUCUCAUAAAUCCCAAUUAUCCAGACUUUACAGGUGUUUGGAAAUUGGGACCAACAGAAAAUGCAGUCAGAUGUCAUCUUGGAAUUGGCUUCUAAAAGACUAAGGCACGUCCCAGCCCAGAAACUUAGAAAGCAUGAAAUGAAUCAUUUAUUUUCCUUCUUAUUUAAAAUCAUGAAAUGCAACAGAAACAGAGGGUUUGUGCCAAAUUCUAUGAACGGCCCUUUCUUAAAGAUAAGCAAGGGAGUUAGAUGUGUGUACAAUUUGCUCUCACGGUAAAAGAAAGUAAAAGGCAAAUGUAACUUAAUAGUUUUGUAAAUGGGAGAAGGGGAAUCUAUAAACUAUAAAUACAGUUAUUUUAUUUUUUGUACAUUUUUAAGAAGAAAAAAAUAAAUAUUCAUAACAUAAGAGUAAAACGACUGGAUCUGGUGCUUUCUGUGAGGCGGAUGUUGGGCCCUUGCCUGACUGGGAAGAAAUCUGUUACCUGGAAGAAUUCUAGUCUCUCCUGGGCACUCACGCAUCACCCACAAACCAACUUGAUUUCUGCUCUGCCACAGGGUACAGGUGUAAGCUACUGUUUAAUUGUGGUCAAGGUCCUGGGCAGGCAUUACCAGCUGGGCUGCAAGCUCGCUUAUCUGCCUCUUUGCUAAUAAAACCUCCCUGCCUCCCCUUCCUGUCCUCCACCUCCAAGCUCUCAUGCUUGGCUCUGUGUUACCUCUUGAACAUUUGGGUGAGCCCAAUGGGUGAUUAAAUGCGUGUGCUGGAAAGACAUCUUUCUUCAUAGAGAGACAGAGUCUGUCCAUCUAUCUUCAUAGACUAGUCUACUGGUGGCAAAGGUGAGUAUUUAAUAAGAGUUGGGCUUGGCAGGCACUGCUGCCCUGCAUUUUGAAGCAUUUUCACCAUUUCUUAUUGAAACAACGCCAGCCAUUCCUUGGAAUAAUGCAAUGAAAAGAAAUUGCGAAAUCAGCCUCCUUGAGGCCCUGGUCCCUCUGAGCUGCCCCAGUGAGGUAGGUCUACAUUGUAAUGUUCUCAGGAUAGUCAUCAUUUGCGUCUCCCAGGAUGCCUGGGACCAUGCAUUGCAUGUUAACUCCCAGUACAGCAAAUGCCUAGCACCUAAGUCCUGGUGAUGUGGCCAGCAUUCGAUUGUAGAGAAGCUUUCUUGAAAUAAACAGAUCAUCAGUGACCCUAUUGGCCUAAACAUCUUCUCCAUGCAACAAUCUAUUGUAGGUGGAUUUGACUGAUGCUCUAUUGAUGGGAAAUAUAGACUGAGUGCUUUUGUUCCUUGUUUCUUCAGCACUUCAAAACCCAGAAAAUGGAGGCCAGUAGGUGGUAUAGUGGUUAAGGUGCUGGACUCUCACGUAGCCAACUCUGGUUCGAGUCCUGGAUCUGGCAGCUUGAAACUGAGAAACUUUCUGUCUCUGUCUCUCCAGGGAGUGCACAUGCCUUAUAGCAAAAAUCUCUCAAAACAUAAAACAAAACAGAACACCUAGAAAAUGUUCAGAAAGUUCUAAGUUAUACGCCUGACAAAGACAAGAGGCAUGCUGAAGCAUCUCCAUUUCUUCCAAAGGCAGUUCUUAUGCUCUCCUUGGUAUCUUACGGAGAGCCCUCGGAUCCCUCCUCAGCAGGUAGGGGCCUUCCAUGCAUAGACUAGGCUGUGCGAGGACUCAGGUGGGUUGAACCACUGAAACAAUGCUCUGGAAAGAGGAGCCUCAGGUUUGGAAAUCUGUUGGAAGUUGCCCAGUUUCAAGUAUGCAGGCUUCUGAUCAGGUUGGAGCUCCCAGCCACCUUCUCUCCAUAAUCACCAGGGAUGACCUGGUGCUCAGCACUCAUGGGUGUCAGUGCGUUGCUGGUCCCUAGGGGCCAACUGUGUGCAGCAGGAAAAGACACCCCUCUAGGCCAACUCAAUUCCCACAUGUGGAGCUGGCCCAUGAGCUACUACUGUGGCUGACACUCAAGUUGCAAUUAGUCACCCCUUUCCCUGCAUUCUUGGCCUGUGCUGGAGCAAGGCCAAUGACAGCAACACCAAGACCUUGACUGAAGUUCUCAUUCACUUAGCGUGUGCAGGCCGUGCAGCGUGCCAUCACUUCCCUUCAGUCUUUUCAGACUGCGAGACUGAGAGAAGAGAAAAGGCUACUAACUUAUUUUAGGCUUACCCAGAUCCCACUAAACAGGAGGCUGCCUCAGUUCCUCCUUCCACUGUGCCUGAUGUUUGGACUGCAGUUUGGAGAAGGAGAGGAAGUGGGAAGAAAGGGAAGGCCAUGAUGGGAAGGAAGGAAGCCCAUACGUAGACGAAGAAUGCUUCUAGAGAGAGCUUUGGGCUCCGCAGCCUCUCCCAUGCCCCCUGGGUUUCUUUGUGUCUCUCUAGGACAGAAAUCAUACUCUGAAGGAAGCCAAUCUCAGAACCUGGAGCCUCACUAAGGCACAGAUUCACUAGGAACAGCAGUCGAGGCAUGAAAAUCUCAUGUUCCAGACAAUCAUAUUAAACAAUAAGCAUGCUUUAAUACCAGGCAAGAACUACACAAAAUCAACUGAUAUAGGGGCCACUUCAUUUGGUAUUUAUAAAUAUGUGUUAUUAAAUACAUUUGUGGACAGUCUUCCCGGGGCAUAGUGAUGGGAUGAGAUAGCACCCUCAGCCCCACCCCCACCCCCCAAAUGAAGUAUGGACAGUCGAGCACUCGGUCUUAUCCAUCAGGUCGUAAGCCACUUUAUUCCAGUCCCUUCAGCAUCGCAGGCUGGCUGUAUCUGAAGCAGAACAGACUGCAUUUCCAGAGGUCUCUGUACACAUUCAUGACAACAAAUGGCCCAGCAUAGGCGUGAUAUAAACCGUUAGGCAUUCAGCAUUCUGGGUGCUGUGGAGUCCCCUGGUCAGACGUGAGUGCAUUGGAUCAGACAUUACUAAGGCCCUCUGGAAAGGGGGAGGUGAAAAGAAGCAGCCCUCGAGAAAAUACAGACAGGGUCAGUGGCAGGCCCGGCCAAAGAUUAUCUCCACACAUCCUGAGAGUUGUUCAUCUGCCAUGUGUCUGGCUCUUUUCUUUCCUAAACCCUGAACACCUCUGUUCCUCAUCCCAGCCCUAGUUCUAGGCAGCAGAGUGGCUUUGGCUCCAUAAGAUGUCACGUCCAAAGGCAGAGCCCAGGUAGAUGUCUCCAAACAUUAACUGAUUCUACCCGUAAAGAGACAAUUAAAAGGAGAAAUUGGUCUUCAAUCAGAGCAGGAAAAAGUGGGGUGCAACUGCUGAACACAACCGAUGGAUAGAGCACACUGGGUCUCUGCUCAGUCCACAUCUAAUGUUAAUUCUCUGUAUUUCAAAAACAGACUUUGCCACUUGACCCAUGGAGUAAUUUGACAAGUUUUGGUGUAGAACCACUAUGAGGAACUGACAUUCAAAGGAAGAGUAAAAUUAUUGGGUCCAGGUCUCAAAUUUUCACCCUGCAAAGGUAGCUCACCUGGUCUGCCACACCCAUUUGGACUGCUACCAGCUGGAAUGGACUCGGUUACACACAGUAACCUGGAGGUUAGAGUGGCCUUGGCAACAUUUCCUCGUGGCUCUGUUUAUCACCUGUGGUUCCUGUUCUGCAGGAAGCAGUGUGGCAGAGAUCAACCUCCUAGGGACCUCUCUGCCUUGUCUAGGGGCAGAUUCCCUACCUAGACCCUUGUGUGUCUGGGCUUCCCAUGCCAACUACGUGAGAGAACAUGACUGCCUAGGGCCAGCAAGUUUUACUCUUCAGCUUCAAUUCAAAUUAGUGUGUACGAGGUCACCACACCAAACAGCAGCUCAAAUUUGCACUGUGACUUCUGGAAGUAAGAGUCCUUAUUCAAGGAAUGCAGUGCUGGAAAAUACUUUUGGACUCCCCAUAGUGGGCCUUGGGCAAAUUGCACGUGCCCACAGCUCCUUUACAAUGAGUUAGAUGCCUGUCCGUCCUCUCACUCCAUCAGGGGCCACUGCGAUGUCACUCCAUGAGGGGCCACUGGGACGUGGGAAAGUGAACAUUCCAGCCCUGGCUCCCUAACAGGCACAUCGAUUAAACAUGCAAAGUCUGAAGAAUUGAUACAUUUUUGACUCCAUGGACUAUUGAUCUGCUCAGAACACCAUGCCUUCGAUGUUGCCAGUGAGCAUGGGGCAAGGUGGGCAAGCCAAGUGUGCCUGUCUCUUAAAUGGUAACCUCCGGAGCUCCAACUCCAUGCCCCAUGCAAGUCUGACCUACUACUGUUCUCCAGAUGCCGUGGCUCUGGAAACGCAUUGGUCAGGUUGGACCCUAGUCAUGGU